CUGAGGACGGCUGCUUGCGUUGUGGCCGAAACGUCGUGAGAAUUGUAUUUUCUGAUGUUUUAUUUUUAUUAUUUUAUUAUUUCCCUUCUACGUAUUUUAUAAUAAAAUAGUAUUUUAUAAUAUUUAAAUUUUUUUAUUUAUUAUUUCCCUUCUAACGUAUUUUAUAAUAAAAUAGUAUUUUAUAAUAUUUAAUUUAUAUUAUUUUAUUAUUUCCCUUCUACGUAUUUUAUAAUAUGUAAUUUUUAUUAUUUUAUUAUUUCCCUUCUACGUAUUUUAUAAUAUUAAUUUUUUUUUAUUUUAUGAUUUCCCUUCUACGUAUUGUAUAAUAAAAUUUUAUUUUAUUAUGUUUUAUUUUCAUUAUUUUAUUAUUUCCCUUCUACGUGACUUUACCGAAAGAACCAAGAAGACAGACGAAGUGAGUUCAAUAAAAUCUUGGUAAUAAAAACGACGUUUCGGACCCAAAAAAAGCGGCCAUCUUCAGGUGAUAAAUAUUGCUUUUCUGUUGUGACUUUAAGCAAUUUAUAAAUAACACUUUUUACCCAGCAAACAAAAAUUGUGUUACAUAGGGUAAUUAGUCGGCAGCGUUGUCGGGUUAUUUUAGCAUGAAUGAAACAAACAUAUAGCAUUAAAUAAUCAUCAUUAUCAUUGUAAUAUUAAUAACGUUAUAUUGUCAUUAUGAUAAGGUAUCGAAUUUAACUAAUAUAUAACAUUAAAUGAUCAUCAUUAGAAUCAUCUUACUAUAAUAUUACUAUAGUAAUAAUAUACACCAUUUAAUUAUCAUAAUUAUAAUCGUAAUAAUUACUUUAAUAAUAUUAUAUCAAUAACAUUAAAGUUUACAGUAGGGAGAGUGGGGGAGGGGGUGGGGGGGGGAGAGGGGGGGAGUCCCUUAUCCGCUCCACGAUUUACAAACGCCUCUUCUCACCACCGCCGGCUAAAGCAGACUAACGAAUACACAGCCAAUCCGCGCGGGGGAUCCUCGUCACGUGCCCCGCCGCCGACCAAUCAGCGCCAGGAUCAGCUCACCCGUCCACCAGCUUGGAGCCCGCCGAAGAUUUUAAACGGGCGGAGAGAAUUUUUUUGGGAUUUUUAAAUAAAGAGAUGAUUCCAAUCCUCGCCGCGUUCUUCACGUAAGCGGAGGUGCGGGACCAGCAUUAGACGCGAGCUUAAUGAGGCUCGAGACCCACUGAGAGGGCUACGAUGAGCGCGGGCGGAGGGGGUGACAGCGUCUCACGCCAACCCCUCCGUGGGAGCUCCUCGUCAGCGCACAGCGGCGGCGGUGACAACGUUGCUCCGGCCGCAGACGAGAAGGGGGACGAGGAAGUGGAGGAGGAGGAGAGAACGGUGGAACAACAACAACAACAGCAGCAGCAGCAACAACAACAACAGCAGCAGCAAUGGCCACAGCAACCUACCAGCUUCACGGUGCAGCAGUAUGUUGUGGGGCCACAACAGGGUCUCCAGCAACAGCUCGCCAAGCCCGCCCUUCAGAAACUGAUGGAGCAGCAACAGCAACAGCAGCAGCUGCUGUCGCCGCAUGCGGUGUUGAAGCAGGGCCUGCAGCAGCAGCAGCAGCUGGUAGUGACUCAGCAGCAGCAGAAGGUGGUACUCCAACAUGUAGCGCAGCAGCGGCAGCAGCAGCUUCCGCAGAAGAUAUUGAAACAGGUGGCGCAACAGGGCACGCAGCAGCAGUUGGUACAGCACAAGCAGCAGCAGCAGCUCAUGCAACAGCAGGUGCUGCUGCAGCAGCAGCAGUUUAUGUUGCAGCCGCAGCAAGUUCUUUUACAGCAGCAGCAACAGCAGCAGCAGCAAGUCUCCGCACCGUGCGCUGUUCACCAAAGGUUCAAACAGGUGCCCUGCACGUCGUUCAUACAGCUCUCCGCUGCUCCGGUCAGCCUCCAGAGGGUCCUGUCAUCCGCCACCACGGCCGCCACGGCCGCCACCACCACCACGUUGGCAGCUUCGCGAUCAACAGCAGCAGCCACCACCAACCCGACCCCUUCCAUCGCCACCACCACCACCACCAGCGGCGUUAGCCCCGGCGUUCAGCAGCAGCUGCUGCAGCAGCAGGAGCAGCUGCAGCUGCUGCAGCAGCAGCAGCAGCAGCAGUUUGUAUUGCCAAGCACCGUCACGCUGCAGCAAGAAGCGCCGGCUCCGGUUCUCGGCAGCGCCGCUGGAAGCAUCGGAAGCGCCGCUGGAAGCGCCGUGGGAAGCAUCGGAAGCAUCGGAAGCGCCGCUGGGAUCACCGCGGGAAGCAUCGGAAGCGCCGCUGGAAGCGCCGUGGGAAGCAUCGGAAGCAUCGAAAGCAUCGGAAGCGCCGCUGGGAUCACCGCGGGAAGCGCUUCUCCCGGUGGGGCGUCGCUAGCCGCUACCGGGAGUUUGCCGGGAGCGCCGCGUGAGCGCCGUUUGCCCGCGGCUCUCCCCGGAGGGACGGUGCGCCACUUGGGGCCCGGCGCUGGCAGCGCUCGCCCCGGCAGCGGCGUUAGUAUCGCUGGCGUCUCUCCGCAGCUCAGCAGCCUGACUCGGGGGCAGCUGCUGUCGCAGCAUGUCGGCGGUGGCGGUGGUGGUGGUGGUGGUGGCGGUGGUGGUGGUGGUGGCGGUGGUGGUGGUGCCCUGUUGCUGCUGCAGCAGCUGCGUCUGCGCUGCAGCGUGGCGGAGGUGCGGCGUGCGCAGCUAGAAGGACUUGGAGGACGACGCCGCCGCCUGCUGCGGGAGGCGCUCUUCCUCAAGGGGGGCGGCAACAUGGUGGACUUCCCGGCCUUCUGUCGGAGGCCCGGACACUCGGCCGUCGCCACGCUGCAGCAGAACGAGUUGGAGAGCGGUGGCGGUGGUGGCGGUGGUGGUGGUGGUGGUGGCGGUGGUGGUGGUGGUGGUGCGGUGGUGGUGGUGGUGGUGGUGGAGAAGCAGCAGCAGCAGCAGGGUGGAGGUGGUGGUGGUGGUGGAGUCCUGGUGGACGAGUCGAGGUGCCGCGUGAUUAACGACGAGCAGGAGGGUGCCGUGCUGAGGAUCUGCCCAUGCACCGCUCCCACAACUGCUCCCUCCUCAUCAGCACCAUCAUCAGCGCCACCAUCAUCAGCAGCAGCACCACCACCAUCAUCAGCAGCAGCAGCACCACCAUCAUCAUCAGCAUCAUCAGCACCACCAUCAUCAUCAGCAUCAUCAGCACCACCAUCAGCAUCAGCAGCAGCAGCACCACCACCAUCAUCAUCAGCACCACCACCAUCAGCACCAGCAUCAUCAGCACCACCAGCAUCAGCAGCACCACCAUCAUCAGCAACACUACCAGCACCAUCAUCAGCAGCACCACCACCAUCAGCACUACCACCACCACCAUCAUCAGCACCACCACCACCAUCAGCAUUACCACCACCACCAUCAUCAUCAGCGUCGCUGUCAUCAGCAGUGGCGAUGGCGUCGUCGUCGGUGACGUCAUCGGCGUCGCCCCAGCUGCCGUCUCCCAUGGCAACGGCGUCGGCGGUCGCCGUGACGACCGCAUCGCCUGCCGCUGGUGGUGGCAGCGGCCAACGUGAGUGGUGGUGACGGUGGUGGUGGUGACGGUGGUGACGGUGGUGACG